AUGAUGCUACUGUAUGAUUCCAAUGUAUUUUCUUGUUAUCAUCAAAAAAGGUAAGUCACCAGAAUGAGUUAUCAGUGCAUUUGCUCAUCUCUGGUGGGAGAAAAUGAAACUUCCAUUUCUUCUUGGCUUCUUAGAGGAGUUCACAACAUAGCAUUCAGCCUCAUGUAUUCAGAAGGCAGUAUAUGGCUCAGCAGAAUUCUUGUGAGACAGAUAAAAGUCACUUGGGUAAGCCUGGCUUAGCAUCAUCUCAGGAAAAGAACUGUUUGAGAAGCAGGGAAGCUCUUCUUGAUCUUUGCCAAAGACUGAAUUCCUGGGCAGUGUAUAAAUUAUGAACCUAAUUCAUAAAAAAAUUUAAACUGUGCACAUAUAUCUUAGUGCCUGGAUAUCUAAUAGAACAACCCUUGCCCCAGGUAUUGUGGGGGUACUUUUAGCACCAGAAGUUACAUAUGACAGAACUGAUUUUAGAAACUGUUUUACAUGUGUGUGCCUUCAUAGUGCAGUGUUGCAAUUUAAGCUCAGUAGGACCCAAGUUUGGGUCCAGACAGCAGUAGCAAGGGAUUCAGGCUAAGUAUAUGAUGACAGUUUACUACCUAUACCCACUCCCACUAAUAUAUCUGAUGCUUUCUUAGCUGGACUAAUGGUGUUCUCUCAGCACAGAAAAUAGUAUCCCAGUUGUGAGGAUAGUGGAUUCAAACUCAUUUCCACCUUCUGGGGCAGGGGGGAAGAAAGGGAGUCAUUAUGAAAGUGUCCUUGAUGUUAUAAAUCACAAAUGGGUUUUGAUUUUUCCUGUGCUUCAUUAACAACGUAGAAUGAAUCGUUCAUGGGGGCUGCAGCCCAGACUACUACUUCUUUCCUUGUUGCAGAAGUAGAAUGAAUAUGUAACCAACUACAGGAAGUGGAAGAGUGUUUUUCCAGUUAAGGAAACUGAAUGUCUGAUGGGAUUUGGCUUCUUUUCUUGCCUCUACUAAGGCUGUCCUCCUAGACUGUGGACAAGAGCUUUUAAGCCAGAGGCUAAAUGCAGCUUCCAAUUUUGGCUUUCCUCGAUUUUUGCAUGAUUUCUCCCAGUUGUUGAUACAGAUAAGUGUUACGACAGGUAGAAGAGGGGGUUCUUUAAAUACUUACGGUGAAACUGCAUGGAAGAAAAUUUUAUGCUUCAUCUAAAAAUAAUAGCUGUAAGUGUGAUUCUCUGUAGCAGGCCUAACACUGACAAUGAUAUCAUGAACCUGGACAUAAUCUCUAUGCAGACAUGAUGUGAAAAGAAAUUAACAGAAACUGAGCUUCAUUAAGCAGAGAUACACAAUUCUGAAGACAUUUAAAUAGGGGAAUGAGUAGGUGGCAAUUCCUCAGAGAUUAUCAAUACUCAAUUUUAUUCUAUUCUCCUGUUCUGCUUUUCAUCUGCACUCCAUUCUGUCAUGAGCUGUGAUGUAUUGGCCCUUCAAACACAGGUUACUUUGGAAAAGGUCACUAUGCUACUGGUAUUCUUGCCCUGACAUAAAGAAUACUGAGUUAAGAUCCUUGCUUAGUGCCUGGUCAUCCUUCCCCACUUUUUCAGAUAAAAUUGAAGAAAGAAAAUGCACUUCUUUUCCUUGUGGGCCAUUAGAACUUCAUAUUGCACUGUUUCUCAAGAAAGGAAUAACAGCUGUAUUUUAAAGGCUGAAAGCAAAGCUUAAGACAUCAUUGUAUACAAUUUAAAAUAUAACUUGAGCAUGAUAAUCUAACCUGUUCUUACAAAAAGAAUCCUCCAAGGAAGAUGAAUCCACAGCUUUUGAAGCUGGCAUCUGUCCUUUCUUCAGAGUCCUUUUUAUUUGGUGGGCUAUAUCUUGAAUGGAAUUGUGCACUCUUUUUUAUUCAUAAGUGAGAAAAGUGUGCUUGGAGAAACCUUUGCAAGGGUUAAGUAUUUGGGCUUCCUGUAUUUGUCAGACCAGCAUUAAUUGCUUUUCCGUUUAAGGGAAAGUUAUUAAUGAAAGAUAAUCAGUGCUGCUGCUGCUGUUUAUAGGGAGAAAGGAAACAGCACACCUCAGGCAAAUUAUGUGGCAAAAUUCUUUAUUAAAGAAUGAUGUCCUGACAGACUCUGCACAAAAAAGUUUCGUGUAUAAAGAAAAUAGUGUGCUGUAUUCCUCCAUAGAAACAGAGUAAUUCCUGUGAUAGUAGGAUGAAGAGGAUGUGGGCUGGGGGGAAGCAGGAAGAGGGAGAGAGAUGGUGCAAACAGUUGCAUGCAACAUAAUGUACAAUUGCUCUUAGAGCUUCUUUGGACUAUUUGGAAAGAAAGGCCCCUCUGAAACAUGUUAAUUUCUGUAAUUUUGAGAAGAAAGAAGGGUAGGAGAGAAAGCAUGUCACUAUAUUUCAGAUGCCGUUGUUUUAGGAAUGGACCAUUGUGUAUAAUAGGUAGGCUAAAGCUCAUCUAACUCAGUGCCAGUAUUGCAUCUGCUGUGUGUGUCUGUGUGUGGAAGGCAGAAGAGGUGAAAUGUCCUCAAAUCAUCAUUGCCAUUGUUUGAAUAUAUUAUUUUUCAUCUGGGUCAUACCAAGGGUGAAUGUGCCCCUCACUUUAAAUUUGAUGACACCUGUUUUCCAUGCCAGGUCAGGGCAAUUGUCAGAAUGGAAUGCAAGCCUUAGGUGAUGAGUCCUGCAGCAGUAGGGAGAAGACAGAUGGCCCCAGCUGUUUGCAGUGUCCAGACAGGUAGACCAGAAGGCAGAGCACAGAGGCUGUUAUUGACAUUCCAGCUAAUUGUUAAAAAAUGCUGGAGUUCAGUGAUUCACUUAGCAUCUGUUCUACACAAAAUAUUUUCACAGAGAUGAACUGUAUGUGACAAAUAUUGCAGCUACACACACAGCUUUCCCUUUACUCCUUUAAGCAACUAUUUUGCUUUCAGUAGCUAUGAUGGGGUCAUUGUAGUUGCUAAUCUAACUAAAAGGUGAGAUGCUUUCUGGUUAAUGUAUUUAACCUGACAUCAUUUGUAAAUAAUGUGGAAAUGUCUGUGGUCUUGAGGCACAGAAAUUAUGCAGCUGUCCCCACUAUCAUCUUAUUUCUCCAAGGGAAAAGAAGAAUGCCAUAGAUGAGUUUUAAAAAAUGACACAUGAACACAUAUUGGGCAUAGAUAUCCUAGGUAUAAGGUCAGCUCUUUUCUAAUUGGGUGUACCACGAUUAGAAAUCAGUCUUGCCAUGUUCUUGUAUUUAAAAUAAGCAAAUUUUCUAUAAUCAACACUUGUGCAAAAUGUCAGCAGAAGUAGUGGUGUGCAAUAAUAUUAAAGCAAAUACAAAAAAGUGAGGAAAAAAGUAUGGAAAAGCACAUCAGAAAGAAUGGUGUGCAGCAUUCUGGCUGUAUAUCUUUAUUAAUAUGCUCCAAAUAGCCUAUUAUUUUUAAGGAGAACUAAGUAAAACAAUUCCUCAUUUUGAAAAGAAGCUCUUUCCUGUUUCUUCUAGUCCAUUUAUGAAACAAAAUGCAGAGAUCCUUGUUUUGUAAAGAAAAAGAAAGAAAUAUAUGAAACCACAAUAAUUUAUCUGCAGAAACUGAAAUGCGUAACUACUGAGCAACAGUUUCUAAUUGUGUUUACUUUAUACUUGAAAAAAAGCAAUAAAAAACAUAGGAAAAAUAUUCCCCCAAAAUGAGCCUGAAAACUCUUGAAAAAGACAAUAACCAAAGUUUCAAAUAUGGAGGUAGAAGCAGAUUUUAAUUAUAACUUUAUUAGAAAAAUUUGCAGAAAGACUUGUCAGGCUGCAGCUCAUGCUAGUCUUGUCAAUCACCAUUGUUGCCAGGCAGAAAAAUGAAGCAUAUGAGAAGUUUUUAAGCGCACAGAAUAUUUUUUGCUAAACCACCCCCACAUACUCAUUUAAUUUCUGACCCAUACUGACAAAAGCUUAGAUGAAUGAGUUGUUGUCUGGCCCUUCCCACUUUGUAUAGUCAUUGGCUGGCUUGGUUCUAAAAAGGAUUUUAAAAAGGACAAUAAUUUGCCUUUGCCACCUGAGGCUGUGAGGGUGCUGAAAAGCUAAUCUGUGGGCUGCCACCAUGCAGAUCUGUUGGGCUGUGUGCUCUGCCUGUGUCUUAAUCCAAAUUGCAUUUCGAUCGGUGGAAGGGUGGCAAGUGUUUAAAAAUGAUGCUACAGAAAUCAUUCCUGAGGUCACUGAAAAUACAGAAGCACCGGUGGAACAGACUUACAGCGACAACAACAAUACAAUGAACCAGGCAAAGCAUGGGGGAAGACACAUACAACAGUCUCCAGACCCUAAUGAUGCUUCUGACUUCAGCUGCAGAGAAAUGCGAACCACCCGCUAUGUCACUGAGGGGCCUUGCCAAAGUGUCAAGCCUGUCAAGGAACUGGUCUGCUCUGGCCAGUGUGUCCCCUCACACCUCCUCCCCAACUCUAUUGGUAGAGGGAAGUGGUGGCGUCAGAAUGCCCUGGAUUACCGCUGCAUCCCCGCUCACACUCGCACGCAGCGCAUCCAGAUGGCGUGUCCUGAGCAAGAGACUCGGACUUACAAAUUCCGAGCUGUCACCGCCUGCAAAUGUAAGCGUUACACUCGCUACCACAACCAGUCUGAGCUCAAGGACUUUGGCAAGGAAACUGUCAGGCCUCAGAAGAACAAGAAGCCCCGUCUCUCCAGAGCCAGGAGCAGCAAAUCCAACCAGCCUGAGCUAGAAAAUGCUUAUUAGACCGUCGCUCUGAGUGAUACAGCCCAGCAGCUCUGGAUAUUUUACAAGACACCAAAUGGCACUCACAGGCCACAGAAUGGGGUUCUGGCUGCAGGAGGUUCCAGUUCUUCCUGCUAAGCUGGGUUAAAGGCUCACAUAGUCCAAAAUCUAUCAGAUUAUAACAAUUGUGGUCUGAUAAGAGAAUGAGAUAAACUGAGCUGGUGGUAGCAAUACUUAAAUUCAGUCUGAGAGGAGAGGUACACCCUGGAGAUUUGCAUGAGGUCAUGUGGCUUGUACUUUGAGGAAGGCAGAGGAAAGAGGAAAUGUUCAGGUGACAAUCACUAUCAAGCUUUGUUAGAAGUCAUUUUACUCACUUUAUGUGAUAGGAACGCCAAUGUCCCUUUCCAACUUUUCUAGGCACCACAAUGCAGGAGAUUAGGGAACCAUCAGGAGAGUUACCACUCUGAAUGAGUUGAAUAAAGUUAGUGAUUGCAGGGAUUUCAACAGUUAUGGUGAAUAAAGUCAAGUUGUUAGGAAAUUAACAUCCUGUCAGAUGUCCUCAUGCCCCAAUUGAUUCCUCUAAUGAGGAAAAACACACAAAAAACAAUGACACUUGAGUUCUCAAAACAAAAGUGUGAUGAAUCUAUUUCAUAUCUUUAAUUAGAAUACUGCAGGAUCAACAGAUUCAAGGUUGAUAUUUGACAUCUAAAACACCAGAUUUGUUUUAGGGACAAUUCUACUCAGUGGAGCAGAUUUAUGAAAUGGAUGCUCCUCUCAACCACAUAACCACACUGAUUUGACCUGUAAACAGCUAAUAAUGUGUAUAAUUUUUACAUAAAAGAUACCGAUUGUGCUUUAUUCCCUCCGACAAUAUUGACUUUAGCAUCAACUUAGACAUCUCAAUUCACAUGUUCUAUUCUGUAGAGUUUGGAUCAUCUGGCAGUACACUUUUUGGUGCCAAGACUGGACAAGCCAAGGUCUGGGAGUAAAGUGCUGAUUCUGCAUUAAAGUGAGCCUCUGCUAAUUUGAAAGCCAUGAAUUCCUCUUGAAAAGUCUUUGGUAUGCACAGUUUAGUUUGACAGCAACUUUCCUUUACUUAGCUUCUCAAUGUUCAGACUAGUGUUUUUGUUUUUACAUUAAAGAAUAUUAUUGGAAAGUGAAUAUUCACAUGCUGUAUAUAUCCUAUAGAAAUGCUAAGCCUAGUACCAGAUAAACACAAUAUGGGAUGAAGACAAUUCCUCACUGUUCUUAUUUUCUGUGUAGAAUUUAUGCUAAAAUCAUAUAAGCUAUGGAAAGUUCCAUUGCUGAUAGAUUUUGCAAUUAUUUUAUGUGGGACCAGACUCUAGAGAAAGAAGCUAUUGUUUCAAAGACUGAAUUAUGUAUUUAUUUUUUUCUCAGAAAUUAUUUAUGCAAUAUUUUUCCUUGUAGAGGAUGAGAAUUAGUACUGCUUUAAAAAUAUUAGUCUGUUAUUUUGAAUUUUAACUAUAUUGUUAAUAAAGUAGCAACAUUGAUUAAUUA